AUGGCUGAACAACGCAGAGGACCUGGGAGACCCAGAAGGAAUCGAAUUCCUAAUCCGCCUGAAAUUCCAAUUCCCAAUCCAGCUGGUGAUGCCAAUACACCUUGGUUGCAGAUGAUGCAACAAAUGCAACAACAGAACCAGACGAUGAUGCAAAUGAUGCAAGGUAUGCAAGGGAAUCAACAACAACAACCAGCUGCUCCUGUUCCUCCAGUUCCUAAUGGGCCAGAUUUUCGUGCUUUCUUUCGGAUGACUCCUCCAGAGUUUGCAGGUAGCCUAGAUCAUAUUGUAGCCCAUGAUUGGUUGUAUAGCAUGGAGAGGAUAUUCCAGGCUAUUCAGUGCACUGAGGAGGAAAAGGUUAUUUUUGCUGCUCAGAAACUCAAGGGUCCUGCAGGUAGGUGGUGGGAUACUGCCUCCACUCGCUUCACUUCUCAAGGGAUUCCUAAGGAUUGGGAACAUUUCAAGACCGCUUUCUUAGAGAAGUACUUCCCUAACAGCAUCCGUGCCCAGAAAGAAAGAGAGUUCCAGUUAUUCAAGCAAGGAAAUCUCACUGUUUCUGAAUAUGCUGAAAAAUUUGAGGACAUGGCUGCUUAUUCCAGACAAGCUGUUUAUGCACCAGAUGAGUUAUGGAAGAUUGAUCAGUUUUUGUUUGGCCUUAAUGCUGAUAUUGCCCACAGUGUGUCUCAGAGGGAGUUCACUACUUAUGCUGAGUGUCUCCGACAAUGUUAUGUUGCUGAAAACAGUCUGAAGAGGGUUAAGGAAGAAAGGGAGCAAAACCGACCUUUUUGCCAAAACCAAGGGAAAGUGAGCCAAUUCUUGAAGCCUCGUAACUCUCCUCCAGCAAUGAAACCCGCUUAUGUCAACCGUUCAACUCAGCCUCCUUGGUGUAACAAAUGUAGGAGAAAACACCAUGGAAACUGUAGAAGCGGUCCAAUGAAGUGUUACAAGUGUGGACAGGAAGGUCAUCUCCGGCCUAACUGCCCUAGGCCAGACAUUCCUGAGAAGACCACUGGGCGAGUGUAUACCUUGGAUGCUCGAAAGGCUCAAGGGAACACAAGUCUUGUUGCUGGUACGUGUUUUAUAAAUAACCAACCUUGUUUUGUUCUUGUAGAUUGCGGAGCAACGCAUUCUUUUAUUUCUAAUUCUUGUGUGCGCCGACUCGGAUUUGAGGCUACUAGUCUUUCUGUUCCUAUGUUGAUUUCAUCUGCCACGGAUGAUGUGGUCGAAGCCUUGGAGAUUUGUAGAGAUUGUUCAGUCACUUUCAACGACCGAAGGUUCUCUAUUGAUCUUAUUUGCUUGCCUCUAAAGAAGAUUGAUGUAGUACUGGGCAUGGAUUGGUUGUCGGCCAACUCAGUAUACAUUGGUUGCAAGGAGAAGGCUAUCUUUAUUCCUGCAGAAGAGACUGCUCCUAUUGAUGCGAUUGGGAAUCUAAUCGAAGGUACAAUUAACCUGAUUAGUUGUCUCUAUGUUCAGGAGAGAUCUUUUCUUUUAGCUCUCACCGCAGAAUCUGAAACCAAGAAAGAUAUAUCAAAUAUUCCUGUCGUUUCUCCAGUUUCUAUUGCUCCAUAUCGAAUGUCUCCUGCAGAGUUGAGAGAAUUGAAGAGUCAGUUAGAGGAGUUGAUAGCAAAACAUUUUAUCAGACCAAGUGUCUCUCCUUGGGGUGCUCCGGUGUUAUUGGUCAAGAAGAAGGAUGGUAGUAUGCGCUUGUGCAUUGAUUAUCGACAACUCAACAAAGUGACCAUAAAGAACAAGUCGGGAUAUCAUCCAAUUCGGGUGAAGAAUUCCGAUGUAUCGAAGACCGCAUUCAGAACGCGGUAUGGCCACUAUGAAUUCUUGGUUAUGCCGUUUGGAGUGACCAAUGCCCCUGCUGUCUUUAUGGACUACAUGAACCGUGUGUUCCAACCAUAUUUGGACCAGUUUGUGGUGAUAUUCAUAGACGACAUUUUAAUAUAUUCUAAGACGGUGGAUGAGCAUAUGGAACACUUGAGGAUUGUGUUGUCAGUUCUUCGAGAGAAACAAUUAUUUGCAAAGUUGAGUAAGUGUGAAUUCUGGAUGUCCGAGGUGAAGUUCCUUGGACAUGUCAUUUCUGGUGGCGGUGUGGCUGUGGAUCCGUCAAAGGUAGAAGCAGUGAUUAAUUGGGAACGACCUAAGAAUGCAAGUGAAGUUCGGAGUUUCCUUGGAUUAGCAGGUUACUAUCGGCGGUUCAUUAUGGGAUUCUCAAAGCUAGCUCUACCUAUGACCCGACUUACGAGGAAGGAAGUUACUUUUGAGUGGAAUUCCGAUUGUGAGCGGAGUUUCCAAAGGUUGAAGAAGAAGUUGACUACUGCUCCGGUAUUGAUAAUUGAAGAUCCGGAUAAAUCCUAUGAAGUUUUCUGUGACGCAUCAAAGAAAGGAUUAGGUGGUGUCUUAAUGCAAGAAGGUCAAGUUGUGGCUUAUGCAUCUAGACAACUAAGAUCUCAUGAAGAGAAUUAUCCUACUCAUGACCUUGAACUUGCGGCUAUUGUGUUUGCACUUAAAAAAGAACUGAAUAUGCGUCAGAGGAGGUGGAUGGAGUAUUUGAAAGACUUUGAUUUUGAUUUGAGGUAUCAUCCAGGAAAGGCUAAUAAGGUUGCAGAUGCCUUGAGCAGAAAGGAGAUUCAUGUAGCGGAGUUGAUGAUGAUGGAAUUCAAUUUGAUGGAAGAAUGUAGGAAUCUCAGUUUGCAGUUUGUGUGGGCACCUACGGGUGUGUUGAUUAGUAAUCUCAAUGUUGAGAAUGUUUUGCGAGAAAGAAUCUUCCAAGCUUAA